AUGGUUUAUUCAGAGAGUCCAGUAGCUACCGAGCUCAUACCGCCCCUCGACCCAGAGCUACUUUCUUUAUCAGAUGCGGAGAGCUCAUUCCUUCGCUCCACUACCUCUCUCAAUGAUGACGAGUUACGGAAGCGGAUAUUGGACAUUCAGAAGCGGGCCUACGAGGAGUACCCAUAUCCAUGCGUGCGGGCCUUCCACUUCGUGAACCUCAUGAUGGCUGCAAACCCGAUCUACUCGGCGGUUCUCGAGGCCGGCAAAACCGAUCGGACCCUCUUCCUUGACCUCGGGUGUCAUAUGGGGACGGACCUCCGCAAGCUGGUCUAUGACGGAUAUCCCGCGUCCAACGUGGUCGGAUGCGACCUGCGGCAAGAAUACUUCGACUUCGGCUACGAGCUAUUCGGUGAUAGGGACAGAUGUCCCAUCCGAUUCUUCGCGGGCAAUAUCUUCGACUUGCCUGAUGUCGCUGCACACACUGCCGUCGUCCAAGAGACGCACCCUCCUAACUUAGCAUCAGUUGACAAUCUAUCUCAGCUGCGCGGUAACCUCACCCACAUCUACACCGGGGCGCUGUUCCACCUCUUCAAUGAAGAGACUCAAUAUCAGCUCGCCAUCAGGCUCGCCUUACUUCUGAAGAGGACACCAGGUGCCAUUGUCUUUGGCCGACACCAUGGCUUGGAGCACGCAGGCAAAGUCGACGAUCACCUCGGCCGCGACCGUUACGCUCACUCGGAGACAUCGUGGCCCGCUUUGUGGAAGAAGGUAUUCAUAGAAGUCGAAGGAGAGGCGUUCGUCGACAAGAUCGUCGUUUGGGCGAAACUCACCGAUGGGUUCACGCCCAACGUGUUCGGAGCGAAGAAACAGCACCGGAUGCUGUACUGGAGCGUUCAGAUCGUAUAG